AUGCCUUUCACCUGCUCCGACAUCUGCAAGCUCAUCCUUGCCAUCUUCCUUCCCCCUCUUGGUGUCUUCCUGGAGCGAGGAUGCGCCGCCGACUUCUGGAUCAACGUCCUGCUUACCAUCCUGGGUUACAUUCCCGGUAUCAUCCACGCCAUCUACAUCAUCUUCAAAUACUGA